UUGGAGUAUACUCUUGGACGUGUACCUAUUGGAAGCACUGAUUUCAGCACGAGAGAAUACAGCUAUGACGAUGUUGCCGAUGAUUUUAAUCUGAGACAUUUUGCUUUGAGAGCUGAUGAUUACAGAUAUAAGAUCAAGUUCAUAAAAAUGGCUCAGAAAGUUAGUCCAAACAAGAUACGACUUGUAGCUUCCCCAUGGAGCUCGCCAGCAUGGAUGAAAACGAACCAAAGGAUGUCAGGUGGCGGAGCCUUACGGGAUGAUUACAGAGUUCAUCGAGCUUAUGCAAAUUAUUUCGUGAGAUUCUUUGAAGAAUAUGAUAAGGAAGGCGUUGACUUUUGGGGAGUGACGAUUGAAAAUGAACCAACAGCUGGAGCCGUUCCUAACUAUAAAUGGCAAUCCUUGUUCUUCACGGCGACUACAGAACGAGAUUUCGUACGGGACUAUCUUGGGCCAACAAUGAAAAGUCAUCUCUUGACCGCCAAUAUUUCGAUUAUCUGUCUUGAUGAUAACAGGAUUUGGUUGCCAAUUUGGGCAGACAUCAUGUUUGAAGAUGAAAAAGUUGAAGGAUACGUUGAUGGAAUUGGAGUUCAUUGGUAUGGAAACGGUCUGUACCCUGCUCAUCUGCUUACAACAACUCAUCAAAGACACCCGAACAAGUUCAUCUUGGCUACCGAAGCGUGUGCCGGUUCAAGCUUCCCACAUGGUCCCAUAUUAGGAGAUUGGUAUAGAGCAGAGCAAUAUGCCUAUGACAUCAUCACGGAUUUGAACAAUUUCGUCACCGGGUGGAUGGAUUGGAACUUGUGCUUAAAUAUGGAUGGAGGUCCAACUUGGGUAAAAAACUAUGUUGAUUCUCCUAUCAUUAUUAACUCCACUGCUAAUGAGUUCUACAAACAACCUAUGUUCUACGCAAUGGGGCACUUCAGCAAGUUCAUCAAACCAGGUUCUCGAAGAAUUCUAUCCAAAGUUCAGACAACGAACAAGAACCUUCAAAUAACUGCUGCUGUCAACAAAGGACAACGUGUGCUUGUAAUUCUAAACCAAUCAGAUGAAGAGGAAGAAAUAUUUGUGGAAGAUGCUAUGAAACGAAAUGUUCAUUUGAAUUUGGUUGUUCCAGCUCGUUCUAUAUCUACCGUGAUUUGGAAUAAGAAGUGA